AUGUCUCUAAUUCUGAACCGGCUCUCGAAGCUCUGGCUUGGGAAAUCUCGAAGAUCAACUCUUCUACUUCUCUCUAACGGAUUCUCAUCUUCCUCGAGGAAAAAGCAAACCCCUCCCUGUUUCGUCGUCUCAGCUGAACUUUGUGAACCUUAUGAAGCCUGUCUCGGAAAACUCGUCAUUUCAGAGGUUCAUAAUGACAUGAUUAAUCUGGAAAAGAAGGUACAUCUGGAGUUGCUUUAUAAUGAUAUUUUUGAUAAAGUGGUAACGAUCGGCGCAUCUAACGGAUGGGUAGCUACUUUGAGUGGCGACGACGGAAUCCUGCGUCUCCAAGAUGACCUAAACCCGUAUGCAUCGUAUACAGAUCCAAAAAGCAUUCCUCUGCCUCCUCUUGUGACUCUGCCAUGUUGCCAAACCCAAAUCGUCACCAACGUGUCAAUGUCCUCAUCUUCUCCAGAGGAUGAAGACUGUGUUGUGGCUGUCAAGUUUUUGGGACCUCAGCUCAGUUUUUGCAGACCAGCUCAGAGUAAACCCGAAUGGACCAAUAUCACGAUCGAAAACUCAUGCUUCUUCUCUUCUCGUGUUAUGUUUGCAGGAACCUUAUUUUACUACAUUGGGAACAACUGA